CGCAACCCGCACGGCGGCAGCAGCAGCAGCCUCCAGGUUAUAAAAGCCGUCAGCCACCGAUCCGUGAGCACGGCUGAAGCUCGACCUCCCAGGUAUCUCUCUGCUUAGCAACCAUGAAGGCUGUAGCUCUGAUCCUUGCCCUGGCAGUCAUCACUGGCUGCAAUGCCCGUGCUGUGCGCCAGGCCGAAACCUCCAUGACCCGCGUGGAGGACAGCGUGGAUCGCUUUUGGCAGUACAUCCAAGGGCUGAGCAAGGAUGCUCGUACAAUUGUGGACACCCUAACUACCGGAGACAUGAGACGAGAGUUGGAGACCCUGAUCACCGAAACCAUGACUGAGGUGACAGAGUACAAAGAGAGUGUCCUGAGCAAGCUGGGACCCAUCACCACAAGCACCAGUGGCCAGAUGAAUGAAGACCUUAAGCUUCUGAUCAAUAAGCUGCAGAAGGACAUGACUGAUGCUAAGGAGCGCAGUGCUGAAUACCUAGGAGAACUCAACACCAUGGUGACCAUGAAUACAGAUGAUGUUCGCAACCGCAUCACUGCCUACACCAACAAGCUGAAGAAGCGUCUGACCAAAGACACAGAGGAGAUCCGCGAGGCCGUGGCCACCUACAUGGGAGAGGUCCAUUCCAGAGCUUCCCAGAACGCAGACUCCGUCAGGGUGCAAGUUGAGCCCUACAUCACAGGAGCUGGUGACGCCGCCAGCAAGAAGCUGACCGACCUCGCUUCAGUCCUUGAUGCCCAGGGUGACACCAUCAGGACCCAGCUGGAGAGCAGCAUGAGGGAGCUGCGCACCUCCAUGGACACCAGGCUGGAUGAGCUGACCGAGCUGAUUGUGCCCUAUGCCACCAAGAUCCGCGAGCAGUUUGAGGAGGUCAUGAGCAAGGUCAAGGAUACCAACAUUCAAUAAAGACACUUGGGGUUUCUGAGGGUUAGAGAAAGAAACAUGUUCACCACUGAUUUCUAUAUACCUUGAUGAAAGAUGGGGUUCAAGUUACUGACCGUACAUUGUUAUGGAUGAAGAGAGGGGAUUGUGUACUUUCACCACUGCAAACCACUAUUUUUUUACUCAAGAUGAAAUUGUUUGCUUUGCUUUUCUACUUAAAUCACUGUAGCAACACCUGUUUUUUUUUUUACAUUUUGCUGCUUGAACCACAGACUGGGAUUCCAGUCCAUUCCAACACUUUCAUUUCAAUCAAUGCACUGACCACUGAUGGCGCUGAACUGCCUUUCCUUCCGUUUCUUUAGAGUUUAGGAAAGGCCGACUUCCUGGGCUUUAAUGCGCAGCGUUCUGUAAAUGCACAACCUGUGACUGUUAUGCAUCAGACUGCUGAGUGAAUAAAAACCUAAAAAAACAAACAAAAAAAAAA